AUGCCAUGCCCCCAGAAGAAAGCUGGUGAAAUCUGUGCAACUGCUGUUCAUGAUUUUGAAGGUGACCAAACAUACAGUGAGAAGCCGGGCCAUAAUUUCACUUUAACAGCUGACUUUGAAGCUCUAUGUGUCGCAAGUUAUGACGCUCUUGUAAUCCCUGGAGGUCGAGCCCCGGAAUAUUUGGCAUUGGAUGAGAAAGUUAUUGCAUUAGUGAAGCAAAUUGUGAAAGCCAGGAAACCAAUUGCAUCCAUCUGCCAUGGGCAGCAGAUUUUAGCUGCUGCUGGUGUUCUACAGUCAGAAGGAAAGAAAUGUACUGCGUAUCCAGCGGUUAAGCUUAAUGUGGUUUUGUCGGGAGCAACAUGGCUGGAACCUGAUCCAGUAGAUCGUUGCUUCACGGAUGGAAAUUUGGUUACUGGAGCAGCGUGGCCGGGCCACCCAGAGUUCAUUUCUCAGUUGAUGACAUUGCUUGAUAUUCAAGAAUCAUUCUAG